CUCGCAGACGGUUUCAGUUGACUUGUGAAAUGAUUGGAAAAUUAGUCUUGUCUCUUGCCGUUGGUGAAUAUGUUGUUGUUCGAAAAGUAAAGUAAUAAAUAUUGUUAUCCGAUCGAGAGUGAGUUUUUUGUUUGAAUUUACCUCAAGUGUUGUUACGGUUUUUUUUUCAAAAUCUUUUGUCGUUAUUUCGAUAAUUCGUUAUUUAUUUUCUCGAGUGGUUUCCACACAAAUCCGUCAAAAUUCUUCAACAAAUUCGUGAAGUGUUUAUCAUUUAUUUAAAAUUCGUCGCUCUUACAUUGGUCUUAUACCUUUUGAUGAAAUGGUAUAUGAUGUGGAAUGAUGAUGAGGACAAAUAAAUAACAUUUUUCGAUAUAUAUAUAUGCAUUCAAAAUCGCUAAUGAACAUUGAAAAUGGCUGUGUGUAAAGUCGUUCGGUAUUAUUAAAUGUGUGCGCGGUGUUGUGAUAGUAACGUUGCCCAGAGAGUUGCAACAGAGCUUUUAUAAUCGAGUCAAUAUCGCAAAACAACGUCACAUCUAAAAACGUGAAAGUUACAACAUAUACAAUACCAGCUGAGCUGAGUGUGAUUUAUAUAAAACAUAAAAAAUAUAGCUGAGCCAAAACCUCACUUGCAAAAGUUGAAAAUAUCACUUUACAAUCGUUUUUUUAUCGUUAAUUAUUGAGGUGGUGUCUUAAAUGAAGUUAAAAUAAAACAAUAUUUGAUUGAUCAUUUCGGACGGACUUAUUAAUUAUAAUUUGUUUGGAAUUAAUUUGUUUUGAAUUGCGUUACACAUAUAUUUUCACACAAUUUUAAUCGUUGGGAUAGAAAUAGAAACAAAUUAAAAAAAACAUAAAAAGUUUCCGAACAACUUCCACUAAAAGACGAAAGAGUUACCUAACUGAAAAAGUAAAUAAAUCAAGUUGAAUAUUAGAGUUUUCAAAGAGAUUUAUGCGAUGAACAGGAUGAAGCGUUGGCUGCUACUAUUAGCAGCCGUUGUUGUUAUAUUGCCAAACGCGCAAGCACUUAGGGCAACCUCACUGAUAUUUGGUAAAAAUUCUGCUUCAUCAACGACAUCAACCUCGACCACAACAACGACAGAGCCAGCUGUGGCCGAUGAUAAUGAGGAAGUUCAUUCCGACCAAUUAGAUGAAGAAGAAGUGACAAAGCCUCCACUAACAGGCAUUCCGCAAAUAGACUAUGUUUGGGAUCCUAAUCUACCGAGAGAACUGAAUGGAUUCAAUUUGUCGUCAUAUCCAUUUUUGAAUAGUGUACCUGAUGCAGAGGACAUAGACUUUAAAUGUGAUGGAUUACAUGACGGAUUCUACGCUUCCAUUAAAUUCGGGUGUCAAUUGUACCAUCACUGCAUUUACGGUAUUCGACAUGACUUUUUAUGUGCGAAUUUCACAGCUUUCGAUCAGAAGACUUUUAUAUGUCACUUCGUGUCUGAGGUGAAUUGCAAAAAUUCCGCAAAGUACUGGUUUAGAAAUGAUGCUCUUUACCGUGCAACUACAACCACCACAACGACAACAACAACGAUUGCUCCACCUCCAACAACAACAGAAAGACAACGAAGACCCGUCGGAAGAAAACCACUGAGGCGAAGACGACCACAAAAUGAUUAUUAUUACGAAGACGAGGAAUAUGAUGACUAUGCUGUCGAGGAACGAGUUAAUCGUAGACGAAAACCAGCUGUUAGGAACCGAUAUCGCCCAGCUUACGAAGAUGAUUACCCAGAGAAUGACAGAGGAUAUGAAGAUGAAGAGCCGCUAGACGAAGAUUAUGAUUAUGAACAGAGAACUCAAACUAGAAACCGUAAUCGACCAGCAAACAAUCGGCGAUAUAGAAAUCGAGAAAGAAAUAAUCGUCGCAAUUUGAAUGAGCAACGAAGCACCAGUCGAUCGCAAGACGAUGAACCAAGAAGUGUGGCUGAUGCAGUGCAGCCAGAACCAACUAAAAAAUUCAAUCGGGAUAGAAGACCUGUACCGGAUGAACGAGAAAGAGUCAGAGAUCGCGAUAGAAAUCGCUACGUCACAAACAAUAAACGACCAUUGAAGAACGAAGACGACGAAGAACUCGAAAUUGAAUAUGAAAGGCCUCGUUCCUCCAAUUAUGACGAACCUGAAGAAGAAUUGCCGCCAAGACGAAAUAACUUCAGAAAUUCACAAACAGAAAAACGUGUCAAAGGUCGAACAAGUCCUGCAGUAAAUCGAGAUGAUUUUGAAGAUCCGCCACCUCCACCACGCCGAAAAAAUGUGAGAGAAGAAAUUCGCGAGGAAGAGCUGCCUAAAGUAAGACCUUCAAGUAAUGGUGCAUCUGUUUUCAAUCGUCCAAGAGUUGCACCAAAAAUUAGCAGACCAGUCCCACUUAAUGAAAAGCAGAAAUACGACUACAAGAAGAGCGAGAGUGCACCUGUUACAGCAGGUGAAAAGGAUGAUUAUUAUGAUGAAUACGAAGAUGAACUUCCGCCACAAAAGACAUCAUCUAAGACCGAAGUACGACCACAAGCCCAACAUAAAUCGAGGACAAUUGUUGCACCGCCAGGUAGAAAUCCCAGACCAUCCAUUAAAGAUGAAAUUCCGAAAGAAGAGUUCAUCGAAGAGGAAUAUGACGAUGUCAUUGAAUCCGAACAAGAACAAGAAACAAGUCCAGAAGUGAAGCCGAUCUCGAAGAGUGACACCAAACCAUCAAGAGUUACUGCCCCCGACCAAGAUCUUAAUACACAAAUGAGAAGAAAUACCGCCAACGAUAAUAACGAUAGAGCGCCUGUUCCAUCUGGUCCUUCCACCGUUCAGUCAGAGCAACAGCAAAGAAAUAGGGAUAGAUUCCGAAACAGUUUCCGGCCACAGCAUCGACAGACAACAGAAGACACACCGAAGGAACCAGUUCAAGUGCCCUUAGACGACAGAGGCAGAAACGACGAUCGAAGCAGAAACAAUCAGAAACAAAAUUCUGAUCAACAAAAUUUCAGGACUAAAUCAAGAAACAAUUUUCGAUCUAAUGUAAAAGAAGUGCGACCUUCAAUAAUCGAAGCACCAACCGCUGUUGAUGAAGAUUUUGAUAGUACACCUAAGGAAAUUCCACAAAAAUCACCAAUUUAUGUUCCAUAUAAACCAUCUACGAGCAGACUUCCUCCGACAGCAAAGGAUAUCAGUCCUCAGGUACAUGUAGAACCACCCCUAAUCGAUGAAGCACCCAGACGUGCGCCAACUUAUAAAAAUCAACAACUUCCUCCAACCGGUACAGACUCACUAAAUGACGACAUUGAAGUACGUCCCGCUGUUCGAGUUGUUAAGCGACCAUUUUUACCUAGUAGAGGUGGCAGUCCAUAUCUACCAAGAGGUCUUCGUCCCGUUGGAAGUUCGGAAGAAGAAACAUACAACAUUGCUUCAAGUAAAGAACAACUGCACGACGAUUCUCGACAGCCGGAAGAGCACAUACCACCACAAUCAACCAGAACUGUAAACUAUGAUCAACGACAACAUUUUCCUGGGCCAUUGACCACCCAGCCACCACAAGUAGAUCCACCGAAAGAUCCGUUAGAGCACAUCUACAGCGAAUAUGAUGUGACAUUGAAUGAUGCACUGAAUCCGACUCUGAAACCGCUAGUGACGAGUCGAGGAUCACCGAUUGGCUUUUCGUUAAACAGUAAAUAUGACCAGCAGUAUUCGUAUGUUCCGUUAAACACGGCUACGGCACAAUCGAGAAGUUCCGUUGUACAGGUACCGUACGACGAUAGAAAAUUUAAGACUUAUGUUGAUGAGUACGAAUAUUAAGAGAAAUUUACUAAGUGUGAUUCUAGCUCAUCGCCGAAGAUUUUUUUGGUUUGUUGUCUUCGGAUAAAUUUUUUGUAAGACUAGAAAUUGUUUACAUCGGUCAUACUUAGUCGUGAAUACUCAAUUAAAGUGAUAAAAGUUUUGUGAAAAUUGUAAAAAUUUCAAUUUUUUUUUAUUUAAUAAAGAGAACGUGGUAAGUCUUUGGCUUUUUUAACGAAAACAAAAAC